UCAAACAACGUCGCCUACCAUUUCAGGCAGCAUUAGUUGUUCAUAUAAGUUAUAAGUAUGCACAACCAGUAUACAGAUGAGGCCUGAAUGAUUGACCUGAAGGCAUUCUUCUAGUAAUGUUCUCUUUAUAACAGAACAGUGUCGGUACGCUUUUUAUUUAUUAAUUGCGAGCCAAUUGAUAGACUGACAAACAUGUUGAUUUUUACAGCGUCAGCAUUGAGUACACAAUUUCUAAUACGCCAUUUUCUUUCCUUUUCUGGUGAUCAGUGAGAUCAAGCCUGAGACUUGAAUCAACAGGUGAUCACUGCGGUGAUUUUCAGUUCCUGCGGUGGCCAGGUCUACCAUUGGAGGAUGGUAACGAAGGGAACGUGAGGGGGAAGAGAUUGAAAGCCAGAGGAGAGGAACGAGACGGACCCCUGGGUUGCCUACCUGCCUAACGCAGUCUCACAAAAAGACUCAAUCGUUCGGCAACUAGUGACUUUUAGAGAAACAUUCCGAAGAACACGCAUCGACACUGACACCAACUGAGUGAAAUGUGCAGUUUGAGGACGGUCUGAUGGCAGCUUCUAACUGGUCAGUGUUGGAAAACAGGUGUAGACAAGGAGUCAAAUUCUCAUUGGUUAAAAAUUACUGUGUUUAUUUUCUUAACUCCGAAGAAAUGACUGCUGCUGUUCAGUCAGUCACGGCUGAUUCCCAGUUGUUCUAAAGCACCAGUGGAUAUGAUGCCUUGAGACACUGUGUUCUUGCUAACUAGGGUUAAACCACCUUCGUUGAGUUAGAAGUAUAGUUCGAUAGUUUGCCAUGAAGACUCAGACGUCCACUCUACUUUAUUUGUUUACGUUAGUGCUUCUUCUAGGAUGUGAAAAUCAAAACCUGCCAAUGUAAGUACCUGGUUGUGACAUUUGUUAACAACAAAUUUGGAAUUUAAUAAUUAUUUCUUAUCGGUAAACGAAACAUUGAAAAGCAUAACAUGCUUUUAUGUAAAAGUGUUAACAGUUAGAAGUAUUUUGACGUAUCAUUUGAUAAACACACAGAAUGUCGAAGCCUAAAACAGUUACGAGAAACACUCCUAGAACAGUGAACGUAGGCUUUCGCCGUUUGUCCCGUAAUAUGUUCUUGGCUUCAGUUGGCAUAGCCUUUACUGCUGGAAUGUUACUGGGUAUCCUACUGCCGGUGUAUAUGUUUAGGUUUUCUCCUAAUCCAGAGGUUUCAGUUUCUCGCCAAGUAGACCAACAGUUGGAUAGAUUGGAGCCUCUCACACAAAUUCAGUCAGUAACUCAAGCUUCAGUAGUUCCUAGUCCAGUUGAAAGUGACGAAAUCCCAGAAUUUUUACGGCCUUCCGAUCUUGAAAGAGCAGGUGAAAGUCACAAAGGAGUCUUAAGGAAUGAAGUUAAGGAGGGGCAGGCUAGUCAGGGAGACAUGUUUCAUUCGCUGACAACGAGCCGCCUGGCGUUGACAAAUGAUUUCCUACGGCAGGGUCAAGUCGCUGCCACCGGUAGAAAAGUAUCAACGCCGCUAGCUUAUUUCGGUCAUGUUGUACCUUCCGAACAAUCUCUCAAAAGUGCAGACGGAUCGCUAUAUUUUCCAAAAAGAAAAUUGAACAGUGAAACUGAAGGUGCUACUAACCAAGGUUUCAGAGCUGUAGUAGGUGUCGAGAACACAAAACUUUACGGUUCAUUCGCAGCGAAAGGCAACAUUAUCCAAGACCGCCAAACCACUAUCACUCUCCCGCCUAGACCACGUUGGCUCUCCGUGAACAGGAAGAACAGAAUCAACAUCAGCAGCAACAGUAUUGACGAUAUCCUCCCAGUGUAUACAACUCAUCCGAGCUUUCCCGUUACUCCUAUCCCUCUUCGAAACCAGGGGUUCUUGAGGAGUAAUAACGAUCCAGAAACUCGAGAGAUAGCUAACAUAGUAAAUGGGAUAUAUUGGGCUGAAGAGCUAGAAAGAAUAAUUCCAAAUGGUUUUAGUGAUGGCGUUGACAGUUGGUGUGAAUUUGUUAAUAAGACAAAAGUUGUGAAAAUCUCUGAAGGAUGUGGAAGAAUGCAAAACAGACUAGUUACUUUCGAUAACGGAAAUAAGUCUUGUUGUCGCUACAGGCAAAACAACGAUCAAAUUCAGGGAGAAAUUUUUUCAUUCUAUCUUAGCAGGCUUCUUAAAAUUGGGAACCUGCCGCCAUCCGUGUUAGCCCUUAUUAGGGGUCAGGAGUGGCAGUGGGAGCACGUGCAGUCCCAGCUCCACCUAGCACAAUGGAAUGCAGAAAAGCCAGUCGUGUUGACCAAGUUUGUAGACAGCCUGAUGCCUGCUUUUAUCCCAUCUGCUUUCCGUGACAAACAUCGACAACUAUACCCAGUGGCCGAAGAUCUCUUCAAUAAAACUGUGGCUGAAUUAGUAGAGCUUGCCCAGUGGUCAGACCUAAUUGUGUUUGAUUAUUUGACGGCAAACUUGGAUCGUGUGGUAAACAACAUGUACAACGAACAAUGGAAUCCAGAGAUGAUGAACUCACCAACACACAACCUUGCUAAACACAAACAGUCUGGAUUACUGGUGUUCUUGGACAACGAAUCGGGUCUUCUUCAUGGCUAUCGACUAUUAGAAAAAUAUGAGCAUUUUCACCGAUCUCUCUUAGAUUCUUUGUGUGUGUUUCGUAGACGGACCGCUCAAUCUAUUGUUGAAUUACACAGGACUAAAAAUACUGGUGAACUCCUAAAACUGUCUUUUUUAAAAUAUAAUCCGAGUUUGGUUGACUGGUUACCGUUCCUUCCAGAACGCAGUUUAAAAACACUUACAAAUAGAAUCAAUACGGUUUACAAUCAGAUCCAGAAAUGCGAAGCAAUGUUUAAUUAAUUUUGUAUGGAAUGAACAUCAAAUCAAUGUUCAGCAGAGAUUAGCGCUAGCACUGAACAGAUGUGAAUAGUAAGAAUUAAAAGUUAUACAAGGAAACAGACAUCAUGUAACUUUAAUAAAAAAAAUGGCUAAUUACCGAAACUUGAAACAACACAAAGUAACUGCAACCGCUCUUUGUUGUGAUUUUAUCACCUCUCAAAUCCUCAGAUUAGGCUCGGCUAGCUUAAAGCUAGGUGUGGCUGUUUGGUUGAUGUUGAUCUUGUAAUCUGUCAGCUAGAACAGAACAACCGUUUCUCCAACACGUGUUUCUUAAAAUGUGAUAUAAUAGCCCCCAGGAAUAACUCUACCUGUGUGUCUGCUGUCCUUAUCUGGAGAGGGGAAAGGGAGGUUUGUGUUCCACCAUGAGGGACAGUCGGCCAGGUUUACAACUUGGUCUGUCAACCAGGGGUGUGGAGAACCAAUCUGUAUACAUACGUCUCCAACCACAAUCAUCAUUUCCCCGAGAACGGUGUUUAUAUUCAUUACUGCAAAAACUAUACUUUCAUAAAGAUAUCAAAGAUUUUAUUAUGAAC